GCCAACAUGGCCGCUCUGUUGUUUUCCGAACUCACCUGGGUUGGACGGCGUACGUGAACUGGUCCAACUGGUUGGACGGGGAACAUUUUACCCCAUUUUUUUUUUUUUUUUAAAUAGUUGUAACCAUGAGGAGCGUCUGGCGAUGAUGAGGAGGACGUUGGUGGCCGUGUGUGUGUUCGCAACAGUUGCCGUUUGGGCGUCGGAGGACACGUCAGAGUCGCCGGCGGAGUCCACCGUCGUCACGGCUUCGCCCGGCGACAUCGUCCUACUUCCGUGUUACUCGGAAGGCUCCGUGACGCCGUCCCACACGCGUUGGUUGAAGGACGGCGGCGAGGUGGGCUCCUCCGAGGCGGCGCCGACCGACGGCGGCGUCGGGCCGCGGCUGCAGGUGCUGGGGGACGGCAGCCUGAACUUCCGGAGGGUGGCGGAAGGAGACGAGGGCGUGUACCGGUGUCAAGCCACACUUCCGGGCAACAUGACUUGGCAAGCGCGUGUCAAGCUCCAGGUGGCCAGCGGUCCACAGAACGUGUCGGUUUCCAUCGUGCCGUCCACGAUGUUGUCCAACGGGACGCUGGUCACGUACCGCGGCUCCAGCGUGUCCUUCCGCUGCGCCGCCGCCUCGUACCCGUCACAGCAGCUCACGUGGAGCUUCGCCGUGGCGUCCGCCGCCCCCGGGACGCCGAUGGCCUCCGCCGACGGCGCGCCCUCGCUGGACUUCCAGAUGGAGGACGUGCGGCCCGAGGCGCAGGGCAUCUACAACUGCGCCGCCGACAACGCGCUGACGCACGCUGUCGCCCACGCCAGCGCUCAGCUGCUCGUCUACUACGUUCCCGCCAGACACCCAGAGUGCUCGUGGCUUCAGUCCAACGACUCGACGCAGGUGCGCCUGGGCUGCGCCUGGGCCGGAUGCUACCCGGACCCGGGCCUCAGAUGGACCCAGGAGCGGAAGCGGGACCCGAGCGGGGACGGCGACUGGGACCGGGGAGGUCGCGUGCUGGCCUCGGGGGUGACGUCCGUCCUGUGGGUGGCGCUCAACCGCUCGCUGCUGGGUGGCGGGCAGACGCUCCGGUGUGUCGCGCAGCACUUGGCGCUGGCCGCCGGGCGGGAGCCCACUUGUGCUUUUACACUCGAAGCGCCGCGCCCUGAGGUUUCCCCACUGGCGUGGGCGCAGGAGGGCGGCAGCGUGACGCUGGUGUGCACCGAGGUGACGUCCGUGCCACCGGCCGACACCGCCUGGUGGCGAGAUGUGGGCUCGGCGGCGCUGGCGCCCGGCCCCAAGUACGCCCUGAGCCGGGAAGGUGCCGCCUACAGUCUGACCAUCACCAACGUCAGCCAGGACGACCGCGGCGCCUACUUCUGCCGCAGCGAGAACCCGCUGGCGCUGCGCCAGGCCGAGGUGUACCUCAGCGUCAGGGCGUCCUCGGACUACACAGGCGCCGUCAUCGGCGUGUUCAUCGCCGCGCUCAUCGUGGGCCUGGCCGCCGUCGUGGGCAAGCUGCUGUUCGCCAACAGACACCGCGUCUGCCUGGCUUUGCUGACCUUCCUUUCUGCUGUUUGUUUUGCAGGAGGACCUUUCGGGCCCUCUCAGGGCGGCGGAGGCGACGUUCUGAAUCUGGUGGAAUCUGAUGAAGAGCAGAUCUUCCAGGCCGUUGCGCGCCUCCCCCCAAUAACGGACGUGCGUCAGACCACGCUGGUCCAGAUCCACCGCCUCCCGUCCGGUGAGCAGGAGGGUGUGGGAAAUGAAAACGCCAGGGAGGAAGCGCCGGACCUGGUGACCCUCUGAGUGUCGGGGGCUUUUAUUGGAGCGAAGCAUUAUGAAUAUCGCUACAGUCGAACAGUUUUGCUCUGACCGACUAAACGGACGGCAAGUUUUUGUAUGCUGACGUCAUUGAGGCCAGCACCAUGAGGACGAAUGUGAUUGGUUCGACAAACGGUCCCGUUGCUCAUCCAGUUGACGGUCCAUGGGCAGGUUACAUUGACAUGGCAACACAUCAAGGCUGAUAUCUGAACGGACGAAAAAUCCAAUAUCCACGGUCCUUUUUAAAACACUUUUAGCAAUUGCUUUUCUAGUUGUCUUUGAUUGUUGAAUUCAGGUUUUAUCUCUGUAGAACUUUUAGACUUUAUUUUCACUGAAAAGUGCUUUACAAAUGUUCUUUAAACAAAAAUAUUUUACUACUAUUAAAAAAUGCGAAUAAAAGUGUAACGUUACAUGUUUGGACUAGAAGCUUCAAAAUGUGUUUUAAAAAAAAAAAAAAAAAAGUCGAAUACCAUAGUUCUCAAACUUUUUACUUUAUGUACCACUUCAAAUUUUACUUAGCCUAUCCAAAUGUCACCAUAAUGACUAACAAAUAAAAUACAGUAGCAUAGUAGGCCCCAGUGUUCAUUUAAAAAAUAAAUAAAUCAUAUUCCUCAAAAUUGCAUUAUACGUUGAACAAAAAACGCUCCGCUUAAGUAUUGGAUAAAAAUGUACUUCGAUUUAAUUAAAAUAUGUUGCACAUAAGUUCAAUAAAAAAUGUAUCUAAAUUUGUGAAAAAGAUUUCUAAAAAAUACAAUUAAAAUAUACUGUACUCAAAAGUUAAAUACAACUGAACUGUACUAAACAUACUGUAGUAGAUUUAUAAAAAAAAAAAAAAAAAAAAAAAGUUGAAGCCACUGUAACAUUAUACAAUUCAAUGAUUCUUU